AUGAAGACUGUGACUUACCCCAUCUUUGACGGUCAUGAUUAUCCCAAGUGGAAGGCCAUGAUGAAGAAGCGCCUUAUGGCGAUGAACAGUGAACUUUGGACCGUCACCGAGAUUGGUCUUACUGACCUAUGCAAGAUGCUGGAGGACAUCAUCUUCUCCAGUCAUCGAUCUCACCAUGAUCCCUGGUUCGAAGAAUUCAUGGAAUCGCGCAAGGCUAUGACUUUUAAUCUAGAGUCAUCAUCCUCUGCACCAUGCCUUAUGGAAAAAGUUCAAAGAAAGCAAGAUCUUGAGCAGUUAAGAGUGAGUUAUGAAGAUCUUCAGAAGGAGCAUGAUUCAUUACUUGCUCAACAGAUCAGCGCUACUCAGGAUGAAUUUGUUCCUCCAUGUUUGAAGUGCAUUGAACGUGAAACUGCUAAUUCUUCACCUGAAUGCUCAAAUACUUCCAUUGCUGCAAAUUCUUCAACUACCUCUGCUAUCACUAAUUCCUCAUCUGAGGACAUUGCUAGUAUCACUGAUGAUGUAGGGCUAAAGGAAUUGUAUAUGAUAGGUAUAUACAAAAGCCUCAAAGGGCAUCAGGCUCUUUGUGACAUGCUUAAAAAGCAGAUCCUCAACAGGAACCCUAGGAAAGAGGGUAUUGCCUAUGAGAGGAAAAUCAAUGCUGAUGGGACCUACUGGAAACCUGAGCAGUAUCCCAAAACCUCAUGGUUUGCUGCAAAGGGACCUUCAGUGGAUCCAUCUACUUUAUCUGGCUUUACAUGUGAAUCUUCAUAUUCUUCUGAUGAGUCAAUUGACUCCAACUAUAAACUGUUCAAAAAUCAGAAUGGUGAAGUAUUUGCUAGAUAUGUUGGCACUAACUGCAGGAACAGUCCUCCUAUGAAGAAAAUCUGGGUUCCCAAAAGGUGCCUUGAAAAUCUUCAGGUGAAUGUCAUCAUGACACCACCUGUGAAGAAUAGGAACCCCAGAUCAAGUUCUUCAUAUGGACCAAAUUCUUCAUAUGGAUCCAAGUCCUCAUACGGACCAAACUCCUCACAUGGAUCGAAUUCCUCAAAAGGAUCAAAGUCCUCAUAUGAACAUCAUCGUGCUAACCCGUGUGUUUCACAGGGAAGAUCUAAGGAUUAUGGAUAUGUGCAUUAUUCUUCAAAUCAUUAUGCUCAUAAGUCCUCAAAGAAUUUCUCUCCUUACUCCUAUGCUUACCCUAACCCCUCUUAUGUGAAACGAAGUGGAUUGGCAUAUAUGCCACCUUUCUCUUAUGGAGCUUGUAGAAUGAUGAACUCUUUGCCACCCCUUCAGAUGUGGUCUGAAAUCAAGAAGCUCAGUGAUGAAUUUAACGCAUACCAUGCUGAUUGGCUGGGAGCCAAGUUCACUGCUGAAGAGGCCGGUGUUGAAGAAAUGGAUGAAGAAGAACAUGUGGACAUUGGAAGCACUACACCAGUGAUGAAUGAUGACUUUUGGGAAAGUCAGCACCCUAAUUCUCCUCUGUUCACACUGCUUCAACAAAUUCCUCAGUCCCCUGUAGCUACUGAAGUACAAAUGGGAUCUGAUGAACCACAUGCAACCCCAUCUGUUCAUGAAGAAAUUUUAGCCACUAGUGCUGAAGAAAUGUAA